GCACCGGCGCGCCAAAGGUACGAUGGGCGGACUCUCGUUAAGACUUCGCCAAGCCGAAGCGGACCCCCAAUUCGGAAGGACAAAGUGCACACCUAGUCGAUCACGCUUGGCGACUCCGGACAACACGAUGGAGGCACUGCACUGGAUUGCGUGUUUGAUGAUCAGGGGACGAUGGUCUGUGUAUAAGUACAGAGUCACUUCCCUUUCUUUUCAUCAUCAGCCAGCUCAGUCAGUCGCUUAUCUCUUCACUUCAAUCACUUCACAGUCCUACUCCGUGUAGCCUCAUUCACUCGAAACAAUCAUCAUGCGUUUCCAAUCCAUCAUCGCCAUCGCGCUCCCUGCGCUCGUCCUUGCGGCUCCUACUCCUCAGGACCCCGACUUCGAGUUCCCCGAGGACGCUCCCGCUGACGAUAUUGUUGGUGGAACUGCCGCUGCCUCUGGUGACUUUCCCUUCAUUGUCAGCCUUCAGAAGAACGGACAGCAUCUCUGCGGUGGUUCUCUGUUGGACGCCACCACCGUCGUCACUGCUGCUCACUGCUCCGUGAGCUCAGUUAUCGGCUCUGUCAGCACCCUCAAGAUCCGCGCUGGUAGCCUGCAAAAGGCAUCCGGCGGUACUUUGGUUGGCGUCUCCUCCGUCACCGUCCACCCCAACUACCGCAGCUCGGGCCAGGACUGGGAUGUCGCCAUCUGGAAGCUCUCUACUUCCGUCCCUGCCAGCGGCUCCAUCGGCUAUGCUCGCCUUCCUGCUGCUGGAUCCGACCCCGCUGCUGGAUCCAACGCCGUCGUUGCCGGCUGGGGAGCUCUCACUGAGGGUGGCAGCAGCCCUGCUGCUCUCCAGAAGGUCACCGUCCCCAUCGUUUCCCGCGCCAGCUGCCGCUCCUCUUACGGAACCUCUGCCAUCACCACCAACAUGAUCUGCGCUGGUUUCCCUCAGGGUGGAAAGGACUCUUGCCAGGGUGACUCUGGCGGCCCCAUCGUCGACUCCUCCAAGACUCUCAUUGGUCUCGUCUCCUUCGGCAACGGCUGCGCUCAGGAGGGCUUCCCCGGUGUCUACGCUCGCACCUCUGCUCUCCUCUCCUUCAUCAACUCCGUUUAAGCGCUGGCUGAACGGAUUUGUGCUCGCGACCGAAUCGUGAUGAUGGAUUGAUAUGGCUCUUCAGGGAAGAGUCGGAUGAUUGUGAAUGACGAUGAUAUACCAAGUGGUUAGAGGUUUCAUGCCUCUUGCAAAACCAUGUUUUGAUACACCUUUUUUGUAUAUAUCCAUUAGCUACGAAAUGCAUUCAAUAACUUCAAACACUACGCC